GUGUCAAAAAGUCUAUCGCUGUUUUAAACCACACUGCAAGACGUCAAACGAGUCAAAGAGAACCAAUCGACAUUAGUAAAUAGUCGGUGUUUUGUUGAAAUUCCUUAUCGAUUCCAUUGUUAAAGUAAAACACAAGUUUCGAAUCGAUUGCAGUCAUCAUGCAACUUUUCUCCGCGUGUAAAAAUCUAAAUCGGGCCUUGGUGAGAAACAGGAGCCAAAAUUUUCUCCUCAGACAGUAUUCUGUGGUGGCUGCAAGUAAACCAACGCAAAAUGCGCCAUCAAAACAAAAGGAAAAACUUAAAGUUGGCACAACAUACCAUGGAUUCAAUUGUGUUGAGUCAAAAUUCUAUCCGGAAUUCAAUAUGACAGCAUAUUUGUUAACGCACAGCCUAUUACGCACCAAAUUUUUGCAUGUGGAUCGAAACGACAAUAACAAUGUGUUUUCGUUGAAUUUUCGAACGCCGAUCUACGAUUCAACUGGGCUGCCACACAUUUUAGAGCACUUGGCACUGUGCGGUUCGAAACGAUUUCCGGUGCGUGAUCCAUUCUUCAAAAUGAUAAAUCGUUCUCUGGCCACAUUCAUGAAUGCAAUGACUGGCCCCGAUUACACAUUCUAUCCGUUCUCGUCGACAAACGAAAAAGAUUUUCGCAAUCUGCAGAGAAUUUAUUUGGAUGCCGUUUUCAAUCCGAAUCUACGAUACAUUGAUUUUUUGCAAGAAGGCUGGCGAUUGGAAAACGAAGAUUUGAAUGACAUAAAAUCGGAUAUUCAAUUCAAAGGAGUCGUUUUCAAUGAGAUGAAAGGCGCAUUUGCAACGAAUAACGCAAUUAUGGGCUAUGCCAUUAUGAAUAAUUUGCUGCCAAACACAACCUACGGUCACAUUUCCGGUGGAUGGCCACUUGAUAUACCGAAAUUGACGUGGGAGAAUUUGGUUGAAUUCCAUCGUAAGCAUUAUCAUCCCAGCAAUGCUCGAGUGUUUAGCUAUGGUAAUUUUGAUGUGCUCAAGUCGUUGCAGUUCGUGAAUGAAGAAUACUUGAGCGGUUAUGAACCGUUGGAGUCAUCAUUCAGUCAAGUUUUGUCUCAAGAACGUUGGACAGAGGCAAAAGAAGCCGAAGUCACUUGUCGAUUUGAUACCAUUGGAGCACCGAUUGAACGUCAAUGCCAAAUGGCCAUCGGCUAUGUGCUGGUCGACAUCACGAAUGCCUAUGAAAUCCUUCUGAUGCAUGUUUUGAGCGAAUUAUUGGUGAAGGGACCAAAUUCAUCGUUCUACAAAACAUUGAUCGAACCAAAUGUUAUCGGCGGUUCAUUUGGCCAAUCGACGGGAUUUGAUGCUCAAUUGAAAGACACAACAUUCGUUGUUGCACUUCAGAACAUUAACAGCAAAGAUUUUGACCUGGUAGAAAAAGUGUUCAAUGAAACGGUGGAUGAAGUCAUCAAAAAUGGUUUUGACAAGGAACACGUUCAGGGUAUAUUGAAUAGCAUCGAAUUGGGUAUUAAACAUCAAACACCUCAAUUUGGGUUGCAUUUGUUGUUCGGAGUGACUCCAGCAUGGAACCAUGACACGAACAUUCUGGAUUCACUGGAUAUCGGCAAACAUUUCGACGACUUGAAACGUGAUUUGAAAGAUGAUGGCUUCUUGCAGCGCAAAGUAAAAGAGUACUUCAAGGACAAUAAGCAUCGUCUAACGGUGAGAAUGCGCCCGGACGAAGCAUACGAAGAAAAACUCAAGCAAAAUGAAGAUGCGUUGCUCAAAGAUAAAGUGAGUAAACUCACCGAUGCCGACCGAGAGGAAAUGUUCAAAGUUACAAAUCAAUUGGCCAAAGAACAAAAGGAAGCGCCGAGCAAUAUACAUUUACUGCCAUGCUUGACGAUGAAUGACAUUUCCAAAGAUGUCGACGAAUUGAAUAUUCAGCAUGUUAAAUUAAAUAAUGUUCCAACACAGUUCACACUUGUCGACACCAAUAGCAUUGUAUAUGCUCGAGGCGUUUGUAAUGCAAAUCAUUUGACACGUGACGAGAUACUAUUGCUACCACUUUUAACACAGGUCUUCUCGAAAAUGGGCACCAAAAGCUACGAUUACCGUGAACUGGAUAAAUUAAUCAAUUUAAAAACGUCGGGCAUUUCAUUCAAUCUUCAUUUCGUCGAAAAUAUCCAUGAUGUGAAUAAAUAUGAAAUCGGCGUUGGAUUCGGAUCCUAUUGUUUGCAAGAAAAUACCGCUGACAUGUUCAAUUUGAUUAAAGAACUUUUACUCAACUUCCAAUUGAUUGACGUUCAACGAUUUUCCGUGUUGCUCGAGGAAUACAUUUCAUCGUUAACCGCUGACAUUGCACAAACGGGCCAUAUUUAUGCGAUCCAAGGCGCCACUUCGUUGAUUACGGAGGCACUUCAACUCAAAGCCCAACUCGGUGGUAUCAAACACAUUGAAUACAUGAAAAAAUUAAGCACCGAAAAAACACCCGAAGAGAUUUUGGCACAACUACAACAAACGGCACAGCGGCUCUUUGGCCAAUGCACCAUGAAGUACGCGUUGAACAUGUCCGAGUGGCACAAAGCCGAUGUGAUGAAAAUAUUCAACGGAUUCACCAAUGAAAUCAGCUCAUGCAUUGACACGGCCCGGCUAAGGGCACCAAAAGAAAUUCAAUCGAAACAAUUGCUCCGAAGCCCAGAAUCGAUACAUGGACUGCAUCACGUUGUAAAUUUGCCAGUGAAUUAUUGCUCGAAAUCCAUCUUAACCGUUCCAUACACAAACAAAUCCUAUGCUCCAUUGUUGGUGCUGUCAAAAAUUUUAACAUCAAAAUAUUUGCUGCCGGUGGUGCGUGAACAGAACGGAGCCUACGGUGCAGGCGCAAAACUAGAUUUGAACGGUACUUUCAGUUUCUAUAGUUACCGCGAUCCAAGAAGCCGUGAAACACUUGACGUAUUCGAUGAUUCCAUAAAUUGGCUGCGUGAGAACUGGAACACAAUCGAUGAUCAAACAAUAUUCGAAGCUAAACUGUCUGUACUCCAAGGUCUUGAUGCACCAGUCGCUGCCGGCAACAAAGGAUUGAGAGAGUUCAAUUAUGGAAUUACAACAGAUAUCUUCAGCCGAAAUCGCAACCGAAUCAUUAAUACAACGAAGGACAAAUUACAGAAAAUGUUCGAAAGAUAUUUGAUAACAAAUGAAACGGAAUACAGUUGCUCGGGCAAAUGUGUUUUGGGACCGGCCAAUGAUAAUUUACCAAAAGAUGGCGAAAAGUGGGAGACAAAUGAUUUUUCAGCUAGCGAAUAAAUUAGAGAAGAAUUGAAAUUUUAUGAAUAUAUAAUGAUGCAUACCUGUUAAGCAAUAAUAAAUUCUGUUUUGAUGAUGUUACCCGAAAAGAAAAGAGAUAAAACGCCAGAUGUUAUUUUAUUGGAAUUUUGUACAUGUUUUCCUUUUAUUUCAUUCAAUUCAACUCACAUUCAGUUUCAGUUUAAGUGACAGUUUGUGAUAAAAAAAAAAAUAAAGAAAAUUCUCCAAAAAUCAAA